GCUUUGGCGAAGUCAUCCACACGUGACAACACACAAGGAAGUGGAAGAGACCGUGUAGAGCAAUAUCAAGUAUCACUUAAUUAGAGAAUUUAUAGCCUUUUCCGCCUGCUGCGCCUGGUGUGCGAUUUAGGCUGGCGGGGUUCAUUCAGAACCUUGGACAGCGCCAGUGGAUCUGUCCAAGGUGGUGAACCAAGGUAGCCCUUUGCCGGCUGUCAAGCCAACCCCGUGUCGCCCUUAAAAAGCGUCUUUUCUGAGGUUUGGCUCACACGGAGCGUGGGGCUGGAGGGAGUCAGAUUUUGGAGCGGAGCGUUAGGAAAGCGAGCCCCAGUUUUGUGCCCCUCAUUGAGCUCGCUGAAGUUGGCUUCCUAGCGGUGUAGGCUGGAAUAGACUCUUGCAAGCUCCGGGUUGGUAUACUGGGUUAACUUUGGGAAAUGCAAGUGUUUAUCUCCAGGAUCUAGCCACCGGGGUGGUGUAAGCCGCAAAGAAGUUCCACCAAGUGAGAAGAGUGAUGACCAUCCUUUUCCUUACUAUGGUUAUUUCGUACUUCGGUUGCAUGAAGGCCGCCCCCAUGAAAGAAGUCAGCGUCCGAGGCCCAGGCAGCUUGGCCUACCCCGGCGUGCGGACCCACGGGGCUCUGGAGAGUGCGACCGGGCCCAAGGUGGGCACUCGGGGCCUGACGUCAGCAGCGCUGGCUGACACUUUCGAGCAUGUGAUCGAGGAGCUGCUGGACGAAGACCAGAAAGCCAGGCCCCACGAGGAGAACACGAAGGAUGCGGACUUGUACACGUCCAGGGUGAUGCUGAGCAGCCAGGUGCCCUUGGAGCCGCCGCUGCUUUUCCUGCUGGAGGAGUACAAAAAUUACCUGGACGCUGCCAACAUGUCCAUGCGGGUCCGGCGCCACUCCGACCCUGCCCGCCGCGGAGAGCUGAGCGUGUGCGACAGCAUCAGCGAGUGGGUCACCGCCGCGGAUAAAAAGACUGCAGUGGACAUGUCCGGCGGGACGGUCACAGUCCUGGAAAAGGUCCCCGUGUCCAAAGGCCAGCUGAAGCAGUACUUCUACGAGACCAAGUGCAAUCCCAUGGGUUACACCAAGGAGGGGUGCAGAGGCAUAGACAAGAAGCACUGGAACUCGCAGUGCCGAACUACCCAGUCCUAUGUGCGGGCCCUCACCAUGGAUAGCAAAAAGAGAAUUGGCUGGCGCUUCAUCAGGAUAGACACUUCCUGUGUAUGUACACUGACCAUUAAGAGGGGAAGAUAGUGGCUUUAUGUUGUAUAGAUUAUAUUGAGACAAAAAUUAUCUAUUUGUAUAUAUACAUAACAGGGUAAAUUAUUCAGUUAAGAAAAAAAUAAUUUUAUGAACUGCAUGUAUAAAUGAAGUUUAUACAGUACAGUGGUUCUACAAUCUAUUUAUUGGACAUAUCCAUGACCAGAAGGAAAACAGUCAUUUGCGCACAGCUUUAAACAAAAAUCUGCAUUUCAUUCCUCGAUAAUGUUGUGGUUUGUUGCCGUUGCCAAGAAUCGAAAACAUAAAAAGUUUUAAAAAAUACUAAUAAAUUGCAUGCUGCUUUAAUUGUGAAUUGAUAAUAAACUGUCCUCUUUCAGAAAACAGA